GAACUUGUCCCCUGAUAUACUGAAAUCUGCAUCCAGGAUCUAUGGAUCAUCUUCUGGAUCAAUUGUAGCUACAGCUGGAUUGUGUGGAUGUGAUGUGGCUGGUGUCUGGAAAGCUGCACAUUAUCCUCACCCGCCUGCACGACUGGAGAAGUGUGACCGUGUCCGAGUUUGCCUCGAAGGAGGAGCUGAUUCAGGCUGUGACAUGCAGCUGCUUCAUCCCAUUUUAUUUUGGAUUGUUCCCUCCAAGGUUCCGUGGGGUGUGCUACGUGGACGGGGAGCUGGCCAUGUGGAGAGCUGACUUUGUGUCCCGCACCACCAUCACCAUCUCUGCCUUCGCCGGCGAAUACGACAUCUGCCCCAAGGACGGCCCUGCUGCCUUCUUGACCUUCCAGCUCGCCGAUUCUAUCUUACUGAUCUCAAAAAUGAACAUCUGCCGUUUAUUGUACAUAUUUCUGCCUCCCUCGCAUCAGGUCAUGGAACACUUUUAUAUCCAGGGCUACCAGGACACGGUCUCCUUCCUACAAAGACUGAGGGAUUUCCAGGUGAAUUACUUCGUGGGCUUCACGCUUUCCUUGGCCAAGGAAUUAAAUCAGAAAGCUGAGGAGACCCUGCACCUGAAGCCACAGUUGAGGUUUCUUCACUCCAGAGCCAGCGAUGCCUCCGUUGCCAUUGGCUCCAAGCUCCUGUCUCCAAGAGGAGACAGCAUCAACUCUACCUGCUUGAAAAGAUGA